GUACUCCUCUGGCAAAUACAGUUUAGGCUAGCCUACUUGAAGUCUGACACGCAGGCGCCAAGCCACAGUGCAUUUCUAGCCUGCAACUCCUGAAAUGAAAGCGAAAGUUCGUGAUCUAUCUUGUGGGUCUAUGGAUAGGCUAACUGUGUGCAGCUUUGAAGAAACUUCAAUCAAAAAUGAUUUUGUUUUUUGUUGGUCUUCUUCCCGUGCUGCUUUUCACAGCUGUUGACUCACAGUCCAUACAUGAUCAAGUUCCCUGGCUGCCAUGUCAGUUUGUAGACGAAUAUUUUGUGACCAAUGAGGAAGGACACAGGGAAACAAAAUAUCACCAUCGAGAUGCAGGGCUGCAGUUUGGCCAGCUUGGAGAUAGUCUUGUGCACUCUGAAUUGGUAACCUUCCUUGUCACAGCAUCUAAGGUGGACAUGCGACGGUACGUGAAAGGAGGAGUGGACACUUUGCAGUGCGAGGUCCGCAGGCACAGCACGGAUGGGAUUCUAAUGCGCUGGCCUGGCCUGGGAGCGCAGGAGCAUGACGUUUGGUUUACCUGCACACUGCGUCAUACAGAGGGCCUUUUUGUGAUUACUACUUUCCUCAGACAUAGUCCCAGUGUUCCCAGUGGUGUGCAACCAGACUCAGAACAGCGGAUUUCUGUUGCAGAUAAAGACACUAUCAGCACCACAGCUGUAAUGGUGGUGUUGACCAACACCCCUUCCGUGGAUGUUGGCCUGAUGAAAGAGCAGACACUGAACUGUGAGUAUGCCGUAGACCACAAGUCGGCCCACCUCACUGUGGAGUGGCGACUGCAACGCAGAGGUGACCGCACCAAGAUCUUCAGCUACUCCAGCCGCACGAGCAAGAGCGAGGGCAGCGGCGUCUCCAUGAAGGCCCUCAGCAGGGGCGACGCCUCUCUCAAGGUCCCUCUCACAAAGCAUGCCAGUGAGGGCACCUACAUCUGCUCUGUAUACGUGCCUCCGCUCUACGGCAGCCAUGACAUCAACCUGCACAUCAUGGAGCCUCCCCGAGUGUCCCUCAGCGUGAGCUCAGAGCUGUCUCUGGUGGAGGGUGCGGAGCAGAAGGUGGUGUGCGAGGCGACUGGCUACUACCCGCUGGAUGUGCACAUCGAGUGGCUCAAGGAGUCUCUGAACCCGGGGUCGAGUCGCAUGCCUGACGUGCUGAAGAACGUCAUGUUCUCCAGCCACCGGCACCACCUGGACAGCACUUACUCCCUCUCUGCCUUCUUCCUACUCAAGCCCACCCUCCAGGACUCCGGCUACCGCUACACAUGCCGAGUGUCUCACGUCGCGCUGCGAGUGCCCAUCAGGAAGACCUUUAGCCUCAGUGUCACAGAGGAGAGUUCAGCUCUAGGGUACAUGGUCGCUGUUGGGUUUAUUCUGGCUAUGAUUGGAAUCCUGUAUGUGCUGCUAUCCAAACUACAUUCAGUAAGAGAAGCAAAUAAGAGGAAACCCUAUUGAAGAGGAGGUCAUCCCCUGCUGCCUCUAGAACAGAACCAUGCAGAUCUGGGACAGAUAUGCAGCUGACUAAGUAGGCUAUGAGAUACUGAGAUGUCCAUCUCAAUUCUCAGUUUUGCUAUAUCUGACUUUAUCAUCUGUAUGUACAUUGUGCACUAAUCUCAAGAGACUGGGGUGACCUGUGUGAAUAAGACUCCAGUUUCGUUGAACCUCCAGGAUAAAUAUGUUUUGAAAAAGAUUUCAAUUUAUUUUUUAAUGAUGAAAUGUGUGCUUUUGUUUCACUGUGGUUCCAUUAGUAUGAUUGUACUCUGUCUUGUGUGUGAGAGUCUAGCUAUUUUUACCUGCACUUAAAUGGAAUAGGGUUGGAGUUAUUCAAAUAUUAUUCAAGACAUUGCACCAGUGGGGAGAGAGAGGAGAGGUCUGUAACAUAAUGUUUUGAAAAUGGUUUUGCUGUUUUUGUUGUUUCUUUCUGAUUGCAAUUUGCCAAAUCUUUCUUUCUGAUACAGCAUUUGUAAUGCCUGAUGGUUUUCAGUAGUUAUGUUGCCUGCAUGUAAAGAGACAGUGACCAAAUCAGUGUCAGUCAUUAUUCAUAAUUUAUUGCAAGCAAAAUGGUUAAUAUAAAGACAUCGGGGCACAUUCAGUAGCAUUCUCUUAAAAUUGUCUAAUAUUCCCUCUCUAAAAAUAAGUCAACUUCAGAUGCACCAAAUGCAUAAUAAUCCAAAUCUGUUUGUCAGACACUAUUUGUGUUUUCAUGGUUUUCAUGAAUUGGACAAUCAAUUUUUGGGCCGUGAUUUUUAAAAAUCUUCUGAGCCACUUAUACAAUUUUCUCUUACCUACGUGCAAAAUAAGAAAACACUGAAACACAAAAAUCAGGCUAAUAACAUAGGAAAACAUAGGAAGUUGAGGAUACCAACCAAGAGGAAAUUUGUUACUGCACGUGGCUCAGUGUCUGUUAAUUAAAGACCAUGCUCUGCUGUGUGUCCUACUGUAAUGUUGUGUCUGCUUUAGCAUAUUGAAGAUGUGUCUGCAGUUGUUGCUUUGAACUCUUAUCUGAAAACCCAAAUGGUCGUUUCCAUAAAAGGUACUGCAGAAAGUAUUCACUUUCCUAUAAUACUUUGUAUUAUAGAUAGCCUACUAUUAAAGAUAGCCUACUAUUGUCAGCCGAGGCUAACUGGAAAGUUUUUAAAACAACACAAUAAAACUGUUUGAUAAUUGUUUAAAUGAAGGUUUUGUUAGCUUGCAAGUUUUAGACCAAAACUCCUUGCUGUGGGGCUGUUUUUGUGAAUCUGUUUCUUAAGGAUGACAGUUGCUGUUUUUCAUGAAUGUAACCCUGUUUAUAUCCAUACUCUGUACUGAUCUCAUAUGGACAAAAAUGUGUACUGUAGUGUGUGGCAGUUUGUGUUGUUGUGUUGGUACUAUCAAGAACCACAUGGAGGCAGUAUUGUCAUCAAAAAUAACCAAAUCUAAGCCAAAUCAGCCAAAAACUUGAUGAAAAUGUUGGUCUUUUAAUUGACAGUGAUCUAAAUUUCAAUAGUGAAUGCAAUAAUUAAUCCAGCGAUCAAGAUUAGUUGAACCAUCAUUUUGAAAAGAUCUUUAUUUUUGUUGUGAAAUGUGUUUUAUUGUGAUUCUUUAAUUAUGAUUGCACUCUGUCUUGAAGAAAUAAAUGUGUGUGAGUCUA